UAAAUAAAAAUAAAAGAACCAAAACACCCUUAUCGAGAGUGAAGAGUCGAUAAGAAAUACAACAGACCACAGAGCAAUGAACUUAAUAUUUAACUACAAUAACACAAUGCGCUCCUGGCAACAAAUAGUUUUUGGUGUGAACAAACUAAAAUAAUUGAUGGCUAAAUAUUUUCUGCCCAUGAAGAUUACAAAAAGAUUAGCAUAUGUUUCAAAUUAAUGCGACUUCAACUGAUACCAGAAAAAUCCUUACACUCAUUGUUAUUGAAUACGAUAAGCGACACGUGUAAACGAAAAUCACCGCAAAGACAAAGCUAGAUACAUCGACGUGCACGCGCCUGUUUACACAGCAUACGUACUUUGUCCUCUUUGCCUCUCUCUCGCUCUGUCUUUCUCUGGGCCUAUCUGUCGAAAUGAUUGUAAUUAUUCCCACCCACUGAUAAUGCUUGUCUACCUAAGCGCACGCACUCAACAGUCUACUCAACAGUCUACCACCCCCAUAAGCGCGAGGCUCUCUGUCUACCUCUUUCUCUCUCUAUCGCUCGCUCUCUCCGUCUAUCAACGCUCUCACUUUCAGUGCGCGCUGCCUGCCUAAUUUGUAUUUAUUUCGCACCCAUUUGCCACCCAAUCCCUUGAAACAUGUCCAUCAAAGAGGUCAUGCAACGGUGCCAGCCCAUACCGUUGUACGUGGUGUUGAUGCUAUCCGUGUGCUACUUUGUGCUCCAACUGAUCCUCAGUCAUAUAACGCAUGCGUUGACUCUCCUCAUGGCCUCCCAUCACAUGUUGUGCAACAUUUUGGCACUGGCCGGUUGUAUUGUAACGAUUAAGCACAGCAAAAUAAAUGAGAAGGAACACAAGCCAUUUCCAACGCCCAUUUUGGCAAAUGACUCCUCGGCUGACAAGAUCGCCGUAACGCUCACGCUGAGCGAGACGGAGGAACAGCAGCUGGCCAAGCGGGAGUCGCGUGAGCAAAAGCUGCGCAAUACUUUCGGCUGGGCACGCAUCGAUAUUCUCACUAUGCUGAUUGUGUUCAUCAUAUUGGCCUCGUUGUCCUUCUCGCUGAUUGUGGAGGCGCUGCAGACGCUGGUGCACAUUGAUCAUCAGGAUACGAUGCAUUUACCCAUACCGGUUUUGAUACUGGGUCUUGUGGGUCUGAUAUUGAAUGGGCUGACCUAUUUGCUGAUCGGUGGCUAUACGUUGCAUCAGGGCAGCUUUCUGCACUUGACGCCAGGUGGCAACGUUGUGCUCGAACGUUCCAUGUCCAGUCACUCGGAUCUGGCACUGAAGCCCAUGCAGCGUACUUUGAGCAAGUCACGCAACGAUCGCCAGCUGCGUCAGGAUCUCGAGUCAGAGAUGGACAAAGCUUUUUUCACGACCAAGCGACAGGGUGCUGUGGAAAUGUUGCGCGAUGUGUCGAGCACCCUGUUUGUCAUCGUUUGUGCUGCCAUUGUCUAUGUGGCUGAGGAUGAACAGCAUACGGCCAAGUUCAUUGAUCCAGUUCUAUCGAUAUUCUCAUGUGUGCUGCUGGUCACCUUAAGUUAUCCAUACAUGAAAGAAUCUUGUCUGAUUCUGCUGCAAACGAUUCCCGGCUCCAUCGAUCUGGAGAUCUUUGAACAGACGCUGGUCAGCAAAUUUCCAGAGAUUGUUAGCUAUCACGAUCUGCACAUAUGGCAGCUGGCCGCAAACAGCUAUGUGGCGACCAUACACAUACAAUUCCAGAAUCCCAAACUCUAUCUGCAGAUCAUUCAGAAGGUGCGCACCUAUUUCGAGGAACAGGGCAUCACAGAGGUCACCAUCCAACCGGAGUUUCAGCCGGCAUCGAAUAAAAGUGACUCCGCAUCGUUGGAGUGCCUGAUGCAGUGUCAAGCGUCUGAUUGCAUUGAGAAGGUUUGUUGCCGGGAUUCCCGAUCUGAUUUACGUGAGGUGAGCAGCAGUCCAGAUGGUGGCGAUGCACACACAAAUCCCUCCAAGACCAAGUCCUGCGCUGAGCUAAGCGCCAUCAUUGUCGAGACGCCCAAGGAGCUGAGUGUGGCGCAACUCAUAAAAAGCCAAAAGGAGUCUCAAGUGGAGCAGGAAGCGAUGCCAUCGUCGCUACCUUCGUGUCCAUCGAGCGUCUCGCUGCCAAAUGCAGCAACCUCAUCCAUGGAACAUCACUAGCUUUAUCAUC